AUGGUUGAUAGCAAUGCUUCCUCUGGGUCGCCUGAAGAGACCCAGAAUCCCAUUCCGGAUGGGAAUGCGCCUUCUGAAAGUGAUCUUGUAUUGGAUAAUCUAGCACAAAAAGUUCAAGAGUCUUUAUCGCUUGACCAAAGACAUAAAUUUUGGGAAACACAACCUGUUGGGCAGUUUAAGGAUAUAGGAAACCCUGCUUUGCCAGAAGGUCCUAUUGAACCUCCAACCGCCUUAUCUGAGGUCAAACAGGAACCAUACAACCUUCCUAGCCUUUAUGAAUGGGUUACUUGCGACAUUCAUGACGAGCAGAUGUGUGACGAGAUAUAUACUCUUCUUGCUAAUAAUUAUGUUGAGGAUGAUGAGAACAUGUUUAGGUUUAACUAUUCGAAGGAGUUUCUGCGCUGGGCUCUGCAACCUCCUGGAUACUUUACGAGUUGGCAUAUUGGUGUCCGUGUUAAAACUUCCAAGAAGAUGGUUGCCUUUAUAACAGGUGUCCCUGCUCGAAUCCGAGUUCGUGAUGAGGUUGUUAAUAUGGCAGAAAUUAAUUUUCUGUGUGUUCACAAGAAGCUUCGAACCAAGAGGCUUGCUCCUGUCAUGAUCAAAGAGGUGACCAGGAGGGUGCACUUGGAGAAUAUAUGGCAGGCAGCAUACACUGCAGGGGUUAUUCUUCCUACACCGGUGGCAACUUGCCAAUACUGGCACAGGUCUUUGAAUCCCAAGAAGCUAAUUGAUGUUGGUUUCUCUCGGCUUGGUGCACGGAUGACAAUGAGUAGAACUAUUAAGCUUUACAAGCUACCAGAAUCAACAGUCACACCAGGGUUUCGUAAGAUGGAAAUCCACGAUGUUCCUGCAGUUACAAGGCUAAUUAGGAAUUAUUUGAGCCAAUUUAUUGUUGCACCUGAUUUCGACGAAAAUGAUGUGGAGCAUUGGCUUCUUCCAAGGGAGAAUGUUGUCGAUAGUUAUCUGGUUGAAAGUCCUGAAACUCACGAAGUUACUGACUUUUGUAGUUUUUACACACUCCCCUCUUCUAUCCUUGGCAACGCAAAUUAUUCAAAUUUGAAAGCAGCAUAUUCAUUCUACAACGUUUCAACUGCGACCCCUUUGCUUCAGCUGAUGAAUGACGCCCUCAUUGUAGCAAAACAGAAGGAUUUUGAUGUUUUCAAUGCGUUGGAUGUCAUGCAAAACGAAAUCUUCUUGAAGGAGUUGAAGUUUGGACCGGGUGAUGGUAAACUUCAUUAUUAUCUUUACAACUAUCGAGUAAGGCAAGCGUUGAAGUCAUCAGAGCUUGGGCUUGUGCUUCUAUAG